AGGAGAGGCUGCGCAAUUUAGCACGGCGCCGGCGGUGGGAAGUAGGAAGAAAAUGAAGAUAGAAGUGAGGGAAUCGACGAUGGUGAGGCCGGCGGAGGAGACUCCGGCGGUGAGGCUGUGGAACUCGAACGUGGACCUGGUGGUGCCGAGUUUCCACACACCGAGCGUCUACUUUUACAAACCGAAUGGUUCGAUCAACUUCUUCGAUGCACAGACGAUGAAGCUAGGGCUGAGCAGAGCGCUCGUGCCGUUCUACCCCAUGGCGGGGCGGCUCGGUAGAGACGAGGACGGUCGAAUCGAAAUCGAUUGCAACGCCGAGGGAGUUCUGUUCGUGGAGGCGGUUACGGAGGCGUGUGUUGAUGAUUUCGGAGACUUCGCACCGACUCUGGAGCUCCGGCAGCUCAUUCCGACCGUCGAUUAUUCCGGAGGGAUUUCGUCGUAUCCUCUGCUCGUCUUGCAGGUGACAUACUUCAAAUGCGGGGGUGUAUCACUUGGUGUAGGUAUGCAACACCACGUGGCAGACGGAGCUUCUGGUCUCCACUUUGUCAACACAUGGUCUGAUAUGACUCAUGGUCUUGAUCUCACGAUCCCGCCAUUCAUUGACCGGACCCUCCACAUCUAGCGAGUUGAUGGAGGU